UGCAGGCAGACGGGAGGUGCUCGGAAAAGGCAGCGGGGAGCAACUGGUGCCGGAGUGAGCGGAACCUGUCCCCUGGUUAUCCAAGAAAGAGCCCCAGUCCCCAGGACACUCAGUCGUCCUGCUCCUGGAUUCCAGAACCCCGCACUCCCGGCAUGGAAUACAACAAUACCAAACCACAGCUCUCAUCCCGGGCUAACGCCUUCUCCAUCGCGGCGCUCAUGUCAACUGGAAACUCCAAGGACAAGGGACUUCAGGAGAACACCAUUAAACCCCUGGAACAGUUCGUGGAGAAGUCUUCCUGUUCUCAGCCCCUGGGUGAUCUGGGCGGCCUGGAGCUUGGAGAUUACAGCAGCGGUGCGUCUCCGGCGUGUACGGAGCCCCUGAUACCCACCACCCCCAGCGUGCCCAGCGCCGAAAUGGCCAAGAUCACCUGUAACCUGGAAACCAAAGAUCUGUGGGACAAGUUCCACGAGCUGGGCACCGAGAUGAUCAUCACAAAAUCCGGCAGGAGGAUGUUCCCAACUAUUCGGGUCUCGCUGUCUGGAGUGGAUUCCGAGGCCAAGUAUAUCGUGUUGAUGGACAUCGUGGCGGUGGACAAUAAGCGUUAUCGCUACGCCUAUCAUCGAUCCUCUUGGCUGGUGGCGGGCAAAGCCGACCCGCCGCUCCCAGCAAGGCUCUAUGUACACCCUGACUGUCCGUUCACGGGGGAGCAGCUAUCGAAACAGAUGGUCUCCUUCGAGAAGGUGAAACUCACCAACAACGAGUUGGAUCAACACGGCCACAUAAUUCUGAACUCCAUGCACAAGUACCAGCCCCGGGUUCACAUUAUCAGGAAGAAAGACCACACUGCUUCUCUGGUCAACCUCAAAUCUGAGGAGUUCCGCACCUUCAUCUUCCCGGAGACUGUUUUCACUGCAGUGACCGCCUACCAGAACCAACUGAUCACCAAACUAAAAAUCGAUAGUAAUCCUUUCGCCAAAGGAUUCCGAGACUCGUCCCGACUCACCGAUAUGGAGAGGUACUGUCUCCCGCAGGAAAGUGUGGAGAAUCUCAUCCAGAAGCACACUUACGCACGGUCACCGAUCCGGACCUACGGGGGAGAUGACGAGGCCCUCAGCGAAGAAAGCCAAACAACACAGAACAGAGGUUCCGCCUUCACAGCCUCAGAUAACUUGUCCCUCAGCACCUGGGUUGCCUCUUCCUGCAGUUUCCCGGGGUUUCAGCAUCCACAGUCGCUGGCAAUCGCCACUACCACCGCUUCGCUCGCUGCCCCCGUCCCUCACCCCAUCCAGGGUUCUCUGACACAGUACAGCCGCCUUGGGAUGCCCCUGACACCGUCGGCCAUCGCCAGCUCCAUGCAAGGCAGCGGACCCACCUUCCCCACCUUCCACAUGCCCCGCUACCACCACUACUUUCAGCAAGGUCCCUACGCCGCUAUCCAAGGCCUGCGGCACUCGUCGGCUGUGAUGACUCACUUUGUGUGAUUGACAUCGGGGCUGCAUUUCACCCAGGGACCGUGACGCUUGUGAAAGCCGCUCAGAGAAUCGGGGGCAUGCUCCACACCAACAGCUGAGCGGCGCAGCAAGCAGCAGCUCCUGCAUGGACAAGAGCAGAAACUACAAACCCCAGAAUGCACCACAGGAUUUGCCACAGCUGGACCACAACUCCCAGAAUGCACCGUUGACAGUCGGGUUGCCGCG